UGUACAAUAGGGAAGUUAUUGUUAUUGUACUGUCUUCACCGCUGCAUUAUUUUUUUUCUUCACAAAACAGAAACUCAUCUUGCUUUAUUCUUGGACUAAAAAGAGGACAAAAACAAAAUGUCUUUAUUGGAGCAGCAGCAGGGUUGGAACGCGGCCCCGCGGUGGGAGAUGAACCGCUAUACCACCAUGAGACAGCUGGGGGACGGGACCUUCGGCAGCGUGCUCAUGGGCAAGAGCAACGAAUCUGGAGAACUGGUGGCCAUCAAGAGGAUGAAGAGGAAGUUCUACUCGUGGGAUGAGUGUAUGAACUUACGAGAAGUCAAGUCUCUGAAGAAGUUGAGCCAUGCCAAUGUAGUGAAGCUGAAGGAGGUGAUCCGAGAGAAUGACCACCUCUACUUUGUCUUUGAGUACAUGAAGGAAAACCUCUACCAGCUGAUGAAGGACAGACAGAGAUUGUUCCCUGAGUCAGUGAUCAGGAACAUGCUGUUUCAGAUAUUACAGGGACUCUCCUUUAUCCAUAAACAUGGUUACUUUCACCGUGACAUUAAACCAGAGAACCUGCUCUGUAUGGGUCCAGAGUUGGUGAAGAUAGCUGACUUUGGGUUGGCCAGAGAGAUACGCUCCCAGCCUCCCUACACUGAAUACGUCUCAACUAGAUGGUACCGCGCCCCUGAGGUUCUCCUGAGGUCACAGUCCUAUAGCUCUCCUAUAGACAUCUGGGCAGUGGGCUGCAUCAUGGCAGAGCUCUACACACUCAGACCUCUGUUCCCUGGAAACAGCGAGGUGGACGAGAUAUUCAAGAUCUGCCAGGUGCUGGGCACCAUGAAGAAGAUGGACUGGCCCGAGGGCUACAACCUAGCCGCCUCGAUGAACUUUCGUUUCCCCCAGUGUGUCCCGACCAGCCUGCGCUUGCUGGUCCCCAACGCCUCCAAUGAGGCCCUGGUUCUGAUGAGGGACAUGCUGCAGUGGAACCCCCAGAAGAGACCCACUGCCAUACAGGCUCUGAGGUACCUGUACUUCCAGGUGGGCCAGGCGUUGGGUCCUCCACCUCAGUACCUGGAGGAGCACAAAUCCCAGAGCAGGACCGCAGCAGAUCAGCAGGCCUCCUCUACAGAGCCCAAACCUCUCCCCCUCUGCAAGGCCGACCUCCAGACCAUCUUAGAGACCCAGCCCCAGCCAACCCAGGGACAGGGCAGGGUUCAGAACCACCAGCCCCUCCAGCAGAUCCACCAGCCUCAACACAACACAGACCAUCACAGACACUCCAACACAGACUGGGAUGGACACAGCCAGCACCAGUACCAGCCAUCCCCACUCAGCCUGGUCAAACACACCCAGCCACAGAAAGCCACUCCAGCGGGGUGUGAGAACACCAUGUCAGGGUUCCGGAACGGUAGGAGGCGGUGGGGACAGACGUCAGUGAAGGCUGCAGACACCUGGGAUGAGGUGGAUGACUCUGACCUGGGCAUCUCCUUCUCCAAGAAACCCAGCAUCACAUCUCUCAGGGACAAACACCAGGACAACGACAACUACCGGUCUGCAGAGCCCAAGUCCAACACGUCAUCAGUGAAGCAGCACUAUCUGCACCAGUCCAGAUACCUCCCUGGCGUGAACCCUAAGACCAACAAGAGCAGCUUUCAGCAGCAGCCUGGAAGGAGUGUGUGGGCCAACUCCUCUUUAACCAGGGCACAGGGAGCAGGACUGCCACUUACUAAAGAUAACUUCCUGAGUAACACCUACAACCCUGCCAGCAGUAGCAGUUACACGUCAUCGUUUCAGAAGGAGAUGGGAUCAGCUGGACACAGGACCCAUCACCUAGCAACCGUAGGAGGCAACUCUGCUAAGUACGAGGGAUGGAAGACCAAGUCCAUGAAUCCUCAGAUCCCUGGAUCUUCUAGCCUCAACAGCAACAGUGGAGGGAAGAUCACCUCGUCCAGACCUCCUCCUAUCCAGCCUGUUCACGGACGGGUGGACUGGGCCACCAAGUACGGAGGAGGCCACCGGUAGCACAGCCCACUAUAGCCAUAUGACUGAGAAGAGUACCCAUUGACCCCACUAUAGCCAUAUGACUGAGAAGAGUACCCAUUGACCCCACUAUAGCCAUAUGACUGAGAAGAGUACCCAUUGAUUCCACUGUAGCCAUAUGUCUGAGAAGAGUACCCAUUGACCCCACUGUAGCCAUAUGACUGAGAAGAGUACCCAUUGACCCCACUAUAGCCAUAUGACUGAGAAGAGUACCCAUUGACCCCACUGUAGCCAUAUGACUGAGAAGAGUACCCAUUGACCCCACUAUAGCCAUAUGACUGAGAAGAGUACCCAUUGAUCCCACUAUAGCUAUAUGACUGAGAAGAGUACCCAUUGACGGUGUACUUCCUGAAUUGAAAUGGAAUUGGCUCCGACCCUGGUGGGCAUUAGAACAGUCAGAACCGUUUCCCCCUAUUCAGAAUCAACUCCGAGGAAGAUUUCAAUUUCCUGCAGAGCACCGUGAGUGGAGGGACACUCCAACUAGAGAGAAGAGGGACUAUUUCCUGCAGAGCAUCGUGAGCGGAGGGACACUCCAACUAGAGAGAAGAGGGACUGUUUCCUGCAGAGCACCGUGAGUGGAGGGACACUCCAACUAGAGAGAAGAGGGACUAUUUCCUGCAGAGCACCAUGAGCGGAGGGACACUCCAACUAGAGAGAAGAGGGACUGGUCAUAGGUCGUGGACUAUGAAGGGUUCCAUUUGGGACUACAGGAUGUGAUGUCAUGUAGCUAGCUAGCAUCGUUCCAGUCGGUGUACUGUACAAUAUUUCAGCAUUACCUUCAAUACAUGUUCGUUAUUCUUUUUCUAGAUUUAGGUGAGAGUUGACUAAAAAUAAAAGUAUUAUUUACUACUGAAGCAGCCAAUGAGUUCAAGUUAUCCAUUAUCCAUACUUAUUUUCUGUAAGGUAACAUUUGUCUGUAUAUCAAAUAUAAGUUUUGUUCAUAAAAAAAAAAGUGCCCAAAAAAAAGCUUGGUCUGGACAUUUCUUGAGAAAAAAAUCUUUGAUAAAAGUCCUUAUCGGUAUUUUCUUCUUGCUGAAUACUUUUCCGUGUCAUUGUAUGAGGAGAAGAACCUAUUGUUUUGCAUUUUCUAUGUCUUUAUUUAGAUUUAUAGUCAAAUAAAUUGUUGAUUUUUUUGUAAAGAUUUUUUUUUUUUAGAUUACACAUUUUCAAAAUUAAUAACUAUUAAAAUGUAGUACAUUGACAAAGAACAACAGUGAAUCAUUCUCUGGACAGACACUCUGAGACAAACUUUCAUGAAUAUGGGUAUUUUCAUACAUGUAUAUGCUUGUCUAGAGAGGUUUCAUUUGUCAGUGUUUCUUUACAUGAAUGUCAAUUAUGGCAUCAAAUUACUGUGUAUAUAAAAUACGUAAACAGCGAAUAUUAAACAUUGAAAUUCCUA